AGUGUAAGAGAUUCAUAAGGAAUAAUGAAAAUACAUACACAAAAGAAAAAAAAUGGAAAUAACAAUACUGCUAAGAAGAAACAUAAAAACGGGAAAUAAAUCUAGUGAGAAAGAAUAUAACGAAAAUAGUUAAAGCGGGACAAAGUCGGUCGAACUAGACUUCAUUUUGUACACAGUGAGGAAAGCACGUUGAAGGAGAGCCUGUUAUUUGAGAUUUCAAACAUGAAAUGGCGAGAUCGAAUAUCCAUACUGUCAAGGAAAAGGACACUCAAGAGCUUCGUUGGGCCAGGCCAGGAGCAAAAUGAUGUUCCUUCUGGCUCAGGGUCAGGGCACAAUGGUCCUCAGGCCCUCUUGGGGGGCAUCCAAGGGAGCUCGGUAGAGAACACCUUAUCGCAGAUCCGUCCAGUCAUAGGACCAGACCAUAAGAGCUACUACAUCCUGCUGCGAGGGAAUGAGGACUCCUUCAUGUGCAUUCAGCCUGCCAAAGAUGUGAUUGAUAGCUUGGAUGAUGUUGUAAAGAAUGUGGUGAACAGUGUAAAAUUGUCAAAACUGUCACAGGAGAGUGAGUCUCCUCCCGUGGUCAAAAAGCCGAGGUACAGCCAAGGGAAAACUUACAAAAGUACAAACCGCCAGAAUCUACCCACCACUAAAAAUAAUGGAGUACUUAAUUCCCAUGUCCAGAUCAGUGAAGGAGACAGAGCAGAGGCGGCUACAGGCCUUGAGAACUUACUCCUCUGCAGAGUGAGCCCCGAGGAGACAAAUAAUGUGGUGGAAAAUGUCGUACUUAACCGUAGGGUUCAAAACAUAAACAGUGAACAGCAGAAUAAGAUGGUGAGAACUAGUAUGUUACUAUAUCCUCUAGUGCAAAAUAGUAGACUAGCACAGGGCAGUGCAGUUCGUGCUAAUAGUAAACAGAAAACCAGUUUGCUUUUAUCAAGUGACUCAGUGAAUGAGCUGGAUGACCCGUUAUUCAUUCCCUCAGAAAGUGAUUUGAUACAGAACAUUGCUCAAAGCUGUACAGCAGUUAGAUUAAGUGACCAGAAGCAAGAACUAAGUAGUUUAGAACCUACGGAGCCUGAGCUCUGUGAUCCCUCGGAAUACGUGACGACAGAAAUUAAGGAUCUAAACAGCAUACUUCCUGCCCCCGUAGGACAGAGUCCUUCACCAACGGAACUCUGUCUUAUCGCAAGGGAAGGAACUUUGCUUUCGGAGGAAGAGAUCACAUCGCAGAUUAAAACCAUGAUUGAAUCUGAGCAGCUAGUGGUUGGGGAAGGCAAACAAAUUGUUGUGAUCAGAGUGUCGGCAAGGGAAGCUGUAGUAAAAAUAGUGGGCAAUGAAGCAGAAUCUGUCAAUAGCAGUGAGCAUCAGGAAAUAAGAGAGGCAUCGGAGACUUUGCAGCAUGAGGAGCAGGAGAUGUCAGAAAUGUCGACAGUAGUGAAGGAGGAAGAGCUCUGCUAUGACCCAGAGGUUGUGAUUGCCAACAACAACAACAACAGCAUCAACAACAACCAUGAGGAAGGAGUGGAAUACCUUUUAUCUCCAUACCAGGGUCUCAUGUCAAAACGAGAGGUGGAGAGUGACGCUGACUAUGUGGUGGAGUCCUUCAUUGGCCCCUCUCCAACACCUCCCCUGCAGGAAUCCCCAGAGGAUGAGCGACUGGCGUACCAAAUUGAGGAGGUCGCUGCCACUGGGGCUACCUCUAUAGCUGACCCCCUCAUCACGGGAGCUGAGAAGGACGAUGGGGAGAUUGUUGUGUUCCAGAGGGAGGAUGGGGCAUUUGUGAAUCAGGAUGGGACUCCAGUGUCAAGUGAGCUCCAGUACCUAAUAGCUACAUCACAGCAGGACUUUGCCCCCUCACUGGAACCAGUUGACCACUCAGACUCCAUCUUCGUGUCUCCAGGAACCUUUGACCAUCACCAUACCAUUGAUGUCAACACAGGGCUGUAAAGACUUCCCUUUUGCAAGUGUAAUCUCAAUGAGGACAUCACAAGUGGUGCUUUGUGAUGAAUUUUGCAAGACUAGAAAACUGAAAUAUGGUACUGAAAAAAGAAAAAAAAUUAUAUUGUGAAUAAAUGUGAAUAAAAAAGGAAAACAGGAAAAAGGAUAGAUUUUUUAUUUUAUUUUUUCAAGUUAAAUGAGACCCAUAAUCAGUUAAACCCAUUUUAUCUGUGAAAUCAGUAAUAAUUUGUGGUUAGAAAGAAGGACCUUCCUAGAGACACAGUUAAGCUAGGAGUUAAGAGACACUGAGUAAUUUUACAUUCUACUUAACAGAAUGCACGAAACAUGGUGAAGGCUGUUAUGGCCUUACCUUUUGAUAUUCUCAGGGCCCACAUUCAUGGCGGUUCAGUUGUAUAACUAUGAUAUUUUUGUGGUCUGAUGUAAUAGUUUAUGUGGAAUAAUUCAGGGCAAGAGUCUGCUGAAACACAAGCUAUUUAUUAAUAGGACUUUAGAAUCUUUUUAGACAUAAAGAAGUGGCUUGCAGGAUCUCACGAUUGGUUUUCUUUUGCUCCAUCCUAUGCAGAAAACCUCCACAAGAUUGUAAUAUGCUCUAUCAAGGUAUUGGAAUUUUGUCAUUUGAUGUAAUUUGAAAGAAAAAGACGUCGCGAGUGCCUGAUCAGAUCUGCUUUGGAGGCUGCCCGUUACAAGUGUCAAGAUAAAUAAAAGCAGAGUGGACCAAAGCAACUCUUGGAGGCUAAUUUAGUAGACUCUGGUAUUGGGACGGUAAAGGAGAGAUGUUGCUGUACAGGAAGUUCUAUGCAUCUUGCAGUCUCAUAAGAUUAUUGAGUUGGAAUAUGAAUAUAAGACAGAUGAAGAUGAGAAUGCGAGAGGAAGAGUUUGAUGAUAUAGGUCAAUUUCUUUUCUUUUCUUUUCUUUAUGGAAGGAAGAGAUGUUUAAUAUGAUAAGGUUGACAGUUUUUUGUAAAUUUUAAUUUCAGUUUUUCAUAUUCCUUGACAUCAGUGUUUCAGGGAACCUCUUAAUAGUUCUUGAAAUACAGAUUUUACAGAUUUGUAUAUACAGUGCAUAGCUCUAAAGAUGUCCUUUUAACCUGAUGCUGUUGGGGAUGGCAUGUAAGAACUUGCCCUGCCCCUUGCAAGUUGAGUGUAUAAAUUGUCUUCACAAUAUUAAUGGCUCUGCUAGUACUUGGUCAAUAGUGAGCUGCUUGCUAGUACCUGUUUAACUUUUUCCUUGAUUUUUGGAAGUAUAAAUAUUUUUUUAUCUUAUAUUAUUAGUAGUAAUGUAAUAACAUUAUAAUGAUGAUUAUGUCUAUAUCAAUAAUAACAGCAUCGAUAUUGAUAACAUUAAUAAGAUAACUUUUCCCAAAAACUCGAGGAAAGAUGAGAUGAGAUGAGGUCAUAAGGUCUACCAAUUGACUCAGUGACAAAGUGCCUGUGGAGCUGUCUGUGUGUGUGCAGACAUUUAGAAAACAAUACUCCUGCUAACACUACAUUUUCUGGCAGCAUGGGGUUAAAUAAUAACUUAUAAUAAUAACUGAUAUGUAUAUUUAUUAAACUUUGGAACUUUGCAUUUUCCAUCAUAUUAAAAUGUAUAUAUAUACUUAUUCAAUCAGUAUUAGAAGGAGUUACAAGCACUGAUUAUGUUUUAGAUGCUGUUAAGAGGUUUUACUGUAUUUUACACAUAACAGCAUAGAUGUUAAAAAUCCUUAUAUUGUGACCUUUAAAAUGUUAUUUUAGUUUAUAUGAAUUGGAAUUUGACUUCAAAAAUGCAUACAUAUGUUUCUUGUUUAUUUAGUUUACUCGUGUCUUUUAUAUAAAAAUGAAAUUAAUAUUUAUGUAAUGAUUUAUAUUUGCCAUAUUUUUUAUUUCAAAUUAACGUACCAUAAAAGUGUUAGAGUUACCUUGGAAUCAUAUUCUUAAAUUUUUAAGCUUUCUGAAAUUCAAGAAAGUUCAAGACCACAAGACGAAAGUUAUCGAUGGCACACCGACCACAACUGACACUUAAUUCUAUCAUGGAAUGUAUAUGGAAUUCCAUCGGAGAUCCUCUUAGCCAGUUAAAUUGCAGUGUCUUUUUUGAUAUGGGAAACUUACACAUAUCUGUACAGGUAAUGUUAACUUUCAUAUGCAUAUUUUGUUUGUAUAUAUAUGUAUAUAUAUUCAUCUUUUUUCUGUCAGUGUGUGUGUGUAGACAUAGUUUGACCUAGAGUUUUUCAAGUUGAUCUGAACUUUAUUGUAGACUUUAGGCAUGAGGGCUUAUGAAGAUAGUGUUCAAUUUUUUUCCAGAGGAAUCUUUUGAUUUUUAAUGUUUAUUAUUAUUUUUUUUUUCCUGUUGUUCCAUUUGUUAUUUGUUUGAUGUUAUGUGAAUUCAAAUUAUGGAGACAUUCAUAAUAUCCAUCAUAUGUAUUUAUGAUGAAUUGGCAUUCUUUAGUGCUUGAAAACUUCACGAGUCCAAAAUAAUGUUCAGACACACCAUGCAGUUUGAAAACAUGUAGCAGCUGCAUUGUCAUUCACGAAAUCCGGUGAAUUCAAAAUGUUAACAAUUGUUGAAGGUCUUCAUUUCAAUUUAUGUCAGUCUGGCAUCAUAUUCAAACCAAAGUCAGUUUGUGUAAAGUUUUAUUGUAAUGUUUUUGGGGUGCCCGUCUCUGGCACUCAAAGCUAUGUAUGUGAUGUAGGUACAAAAUACAAAGAGAGUUUUUCUUUCUUUUUCUAUUUAUUUGUAAACAUUCAAGAAACAGACAUCAAGUGAAUGUUGUUAUUAUUAAGAUCAUUAUUGUUUUUUAGAUUCUUGUGAUACUUGAAAGCCUAGUCCUUAGAAUGAUAAAGGACUGCAUUUAAUAUUUCCAACUGUAAACAUUUUUGGGAAAGAGGAUAAAAAAAUAAAGCAACUUAUCUUAUUCUCUUUUCA